AUGCCCUCGAUAUUCUCAGAUCCGACCAAGGCCAAGGACUUGUUCACCAAACCGCAAACAGCAGUGACCGAUUGGAUCGACAGGAUCUGUGAUCCGAACAGGGCUUCAGCCCAAAACGACCUCAAUGGAUUCAUCAUCGAAUUGGUCGAAUGCAUCAACUUACAACCCACCGGUCCCGAGGAAGCCAGUCGGGCUAUCCGGAAACAGCUCAAACAUGGUCGACCUGCUCAACAAGCCAAAGCUCUAACGAUCUUGGAUGCACUCGUCUUGAAUGGAGGAGAUCGAUUUCGAACCACAUUUGCAGAUGCACGACUAGUGGAAUUUUUCAAGAGUCUCAUUUCUGAUCCAAGGACUGAUUCGAUAUUGAGGCGUAGGCUGCUGAUGAUGAUGGAAGACUGGGAGAGAGCUUAUAGCUCAGACCCAAAGAUGAUAGUCCCAGCCAGCCUGUUCAAGUCCUGCGGAGGACGGGCGAAGCUCGAGAAAAUCAAAUCCUUACCUUCUUCCACCAAACCCAAGACGUCCACGCAACGCUCCAUCGUCACCGGAAUCGACAUGCCGCUAUCGAGCGAGCUGCCAAGCCCUUCAGCCUCUAAAGCCGAACUCAAGAUGCAGAAGAAGCAAGAGAAAAAGCGUAAAGAGAAGCUCAAAUCUUCACCCAUUGAUCAGCGUUAUCGGACCGACUUAGUGUUACCUGCCUCAGAUUCAUCUCUGAUGGCAUUCGAUCUAAACAAGGAAAGCUCACGUAUCUUACAAGCCGUUGCUUCUGCUUCUCAAGCUGCCAACAAUUUGGUCAACCGACUCCAAUUGACUGGUUUUGAGCAAGUCGCUCAUGAUUCUGUGAUUGGCGCAUUGGUGGAGAAAGUCAAAGUGUCACAGAAAGCAUUAAUUAGAUACAUUCAACUUGUUUCCGAACACGACUCAGAGGGUGAAUAUCUGGGAACACUCUUGAAUACCAAUGCCCAAGUGGUUGCGGCAUUGGAGCUGUACGAUUCUCUCGCUCAAUCGAAGUCCGAAGGCACUCAAGUGGAUGAGCUGGCUGACCGGCUCACGAAGGCCAAGAUCGCAACUCCACAACCCGGCAGCCAGUCGGAACCGAAUCUAUUCGAUGACCAGAACUAUGCCGUCGACAGUCCCGAGGAACCGCCGACAUCCCCGGCCAACGAUCUCUUGGGGCUUGAUUUCAGCCACACGGCAUCCUCGGCCGGCCAGGACAACCUGCCAGCCCCCUUGAUCCCGGACUCCGUCGGUGGGGCUCAUGAGGCCCAGCCGAACUACGACCCUGGCACUCUCUCAGACUACUCAGACUUCGACGACUCGGGGUCUUCAAGUGAUCGGACCACCGAUGAGACUGCUGCCUCGACUGCUUCUCCCCCUCCAACUACUAAUAACCCGUUUCACCACUACCUCGCCCCUAAACCUGCGGAUUCAAAGCCCACACUCUCAAGCCAUCUUGAUCAUAAGGAGCCUUUGGAUCCAUUUGCUGAUCCGUUCGCGGACUCAAGCGCUAGUGUUACUACCCCUCACAACACUCUGAUCACCUCUAGGAUUGUCUAA